AUGGGAUCCGCCAGUAGCUCAAUGAGUUCUGUUAAACUACAUGAAACAAGACCCACCAUGACUUCUACAAACAGGUCAGGGUCCCAACUCCCACCAUCAGGACAAGCUCAAGUUUCCACAUUUAGUUUGCCACAGUCACUAAAAGACAACAUAAUAAAUGAGAGUGUGCAUGCAGAUACCAGAGAAUCUGCAACAGAUAGGAAUGAGAUUAUCACCAGAAAUGAUAACAUAUCGAAUUUGAAGACUGAUUCAGUUGAUGAGAACUAUGAGAAAACUUCACAAUCUUUGUUUGAAGAAGAUCGUUUAGAUAACAAAAAGGAAGAGGAUGAAGACACUUCAUGUUCAGAAUUUGAAAGAACACUAUCAGAACUUGAUUUAUCUGAAGCAGAGUUACAAUCUGCAUUAAAACUGUUCAAAGAGCACUCUAAAUUGAGAAAGGAUAUGAAAAAGGCCACUGAGUGUAUGCUGUCCUUUAAAAGUUCAUCACAUAUGAGGAGUUUACUUAAGGAACUGGAGCAAAUAUUCUUUCACCUUAGUCAUACAGAACGAACGACUUUUGGAGACUUCUUAAGUUGUCUGAAGUUUGGUAAAGAGAGUUAUGCCAAAUAUGUGAGCUUUUUGAGAGCAGAAAACUCAGAACAUUUUACUGACUCAUUUAUUGAAAAUGAUGAAAAUGAUAAUCUGUAUAUUGUACAAAUAUUAAUUUCCUUUCGAAGUCUAUGGUGGAAUUUCUCUGACUGUAGCAUUAUGUUUGGAUCACAGCUUGUUUCAGAAAUAGGUAUAAUUCAAGAACUAAUUCACAAUAUAGUUAGCUUAACAGGAGUUGAAGGAAACAAACUGAAACAUUCUUUCACAUUUGAAUCAGCAGUGGGCAUUCUCCACAAUUUAGCAAAACUGCCAGGCUCACGACAGACAUUUAGAGACAUGAAAUUAGUGGAAAUUUUGGCCAAGUUUCUCAACUUUGAGAAUCAACCAAAAGUGACUAUGCUUGUGCUGAUGGUUUUGUCACUGAUCAUUGAUGAACAUCAGACCCAUCUUCUCACCUCACAUGAUUCAGUAUUUGACCUUAUGAUGUCGCUUACAAAGCGUGCACUCCAGUUUGCUAAUCAUCGCUGUGAAGGCUUCAGUGUUGAAGAGCUGAUUCAAGCCAUGACAGGACUGAGCAGAAACGAUUCAGUUAAAAGUGUCCUGGUGCAGAAGGGUAUCUUGAAUCUGGUGCCUAGCAUUCUAACUGAAGGCAAUGAAAUAGAAAAAGAGGCAUCAGUAAAGUUACUGUGGGAAUUGUCAUUUGAUCCAAGGAAUAAAGUUACAAUAGAGAAAAAUAAAAGCAUCAUGCAGGCUGUGAGAGAUCUCAGCAAAAACAUCAAUAGGAAAAUAGCAAGAUCUGCUCAAGGAAUGUUGUGGGUUAUCGGAAUGGAGAAAGACAAAGGGCUACCAGAUACAAAGCCAGCAAAACUGCCAACUGAAAAAGAAAGUAAGCCAAGUACUGGUCAUGUUAUGGUCAGUUACAAUUGGAGCGAUCAGAAGAAACUUCUGGAGAUUUGUGAGUUCUUACGAAAUCGUGGCUACAAAAUAUGGAUGGAUAUUGACAAUAUUCAGGGUUCAACACUGCAAGCAAUGGCAGAAGCUGUUGAACAGGCAGAUGUAGUAAUUAUUUGUAUGUCUGAGAAAUACAAGGAGAGUCCAAACUGCAGAUCAGAGGCAGAAUAUGCAUUUUGCCUGCAGAAACCUAUAGUUCCAUUACUCAUGCAAUAUGAAUACAAACCUGAUGGUUGGUUGGGAAUCCUAUUAGGCACCAAACUAUUUUUCAACUUUUCAGGGAAAUAUCCAUUUGAGAAAAAAAUAAAUGAGCUUACCAAAGAAAUAGGAAGUAGAGGCAAAUUUCUUGAUAACCAAUCACAGGACAGCACUGAUGGCCCAAUUAUAAAGACAGUAAUUCCUGCUCUUGAUAAAACACCAGAUGCACAUCCACAACAUGCAUUUCAUGUUAAAAAUUGGAUGCAAGAAAACAAUCUAACAGAGUUUGUGAACCUUCAGUUUCUAACAACAGAACAUCUACAAUUUUUGAAAAAAGUUUCACUCAGGGCACCUGAAUUUUAUUACAACUUCAUGGUGGAUUUUAUAUCUGGAAAAGUGUCUUCUGAAGACCUAACGAGGUUAAUGCUGGUGACUAAUGCACUUGAAAGUGUGCCCAGGUAG